GGAGCCACCUUCUCACUCCGGUCCCCAGCAGCACAUGAUCAUUUAUGCUCACUCCUCACAUCAGGCAGCACCAGGCCAAUCAAUAUAUAAGUAGUGCUCCUGCUGCCUAGAGGAGGAGAGGGAUAAGAUCUGAAGAGGGUAAGGGAGGAAGAAGACUAUCAUGGAGCUUUUCCCAGCACAUCCUGACCUAUCUCUGCAAAUUAGUCCUCCCAACAGUAAGCCCACAGCAAGCUGGAGUAGAACUGCUGAUGGGAAUCUUGGCUUAGGGUUUUGCAGGAGAGCCAUAGACUCCUCACACCAAAGCACCACCUCAGACUCCGCCGCCACCACGAAAGCCCACCAACUCCACUUCCAACAGCGCAAUCCGUUCCUUCACGAAGGAUAUCGUCGGGAUCUUAGUCCGAUAAUGCCCAUAAGAGGGGUUCCGGUGUACCACCGCCCUCCUGCCUUCCACUUCGGCCUUCGAAACCGGCAGCACCAGCCACAUCCAUGUGACUCGACGUCGCCGUCGAGGUCGACACCGAGACUCCUGCCGCGGUUCCCUGCGAAGCGAAGCACGAGGGCGCCGAGGAUGCGGUGGACGACCACGCUCCAUGCCCGCUUCGUCCAUGCUGUGGAGCUGCUGGGAGGCCAUGAGAGGGCGACGCCGAAGUCGGUUCUCGAGCUCAUGGACGUCAAGGAUCUCACCUUGGCUCAUGUGAAGUCUCACUUACAGAUGUAUCGAACGGUGAAGACCAGUGAUAGACAAGCAGCUUCUCCUGGGCAAGCUGAGUUCAUAGAGUUUUCUGAUGACAACUUGCUCGAGAUCCAGGGACCCGGAGCUUCUACUCAGCAAGGAAGGUCUAAUGGAGAUAGAGGCACCAAUGAUCAUGGCUCCUGGAGCAAUUCUGCCAGCAAAGGAGACUGCUUCCCUGAUAAGCCCGGUGGUGAUUCCACCAAAUGGACCAAAAACUCAACUGAGUGUUUUGCUGUGCAGGAUAUGCAAUCAAAAAGGUUGGAAAUGAUACCCAACCUGAACUCAUCGAGCUUCUCGGAGACCAAAAUGAUAAAGCUCAAUCUUGAGUUUACCUUGGGAACGCCACAUUCCAUCUAGUCUUCUCAUCCAGCACAUUGUAUUAUCAGAAGUGAUGUGAGGGGGAGAGAGGGAGAGAGAGAGAGAGAGAGAACUUAUGAAAGCUGAAAGAGAUUGCAUGUCAGAUGGCUCUACUGAUACAAGUCAUUAAGACCAAGAAGAAGAGUCUCUUUUAGUCCUGCCAUAAAAGCAGGAAAGGAUCGGGUUUCUUCGUUCGAUUGCAUGUGCACGAGGUUGCUUUUGUAGUGUCCCAAUAAAGUGAAAGGUGAAGCGCGAUGUUAUGAUCCAAAUGCUGACAGGAGAUGUGUUUAUGGAAUAGAAACUCAUUUUGAUGUUCCA